AUGUUCAGAUUCAAUAAACAAAUCUUUCGUCAGGUGUUGUUUACCAACCAUACCACCAAACACAAGUGGAAUAAUUUAAUUGAAGCUAAACAAAUUGAUAACCACAAAUUUUCUUCAGUAAACAUUAUAAAUUGCUCCAAAACAACCAGUUAUAGAGUAAGUAACAGGAUAAAACAUUGUCAGAAGUUUUCCAUAACCUCUAGGCUUUGUGAUAGUAAUUUCGAAAAUGAAUAUCAUGAUGAAGAUUAUGAAGAACUAGUAAAACGCACCUUGAAAAUAUCUGACACAGGCCAUCAAGUUUUAAUCAUUCAACCGUAUGUUAAAUGGGGUAAACAAAAGAAAAGAAAUACCACUCCUCAACUUCAGUUGGAUGAAGCAAUUGCGCUUAUUCAAAGUUUGCCCAUGUGGAAAGUAGUUAGCUCAAAAAUAAUUUCUCUAAUGAGUAUUGACAAGGCUAAAAUGUUUGGAAAAGGGAAUUUAAACAUGCUAACAGACCUUGUUAAAGAAAAUAAAACAAUAACUGCUGUAUUUGUCAGUGUUAAUAUGUUGAAUCCACUUCAACAAGAGUUACUGGAGAAAGAGUUUGGUGUACCAGUAUUUGACAGGUAUACCAUAGUUGUACAAAUUUUCAAACUUCAUGCCACUACUAGAGAAGCCAAAUUGCAAGUAUCGAUGGGAGAGAUUCCAUAUCUAUGGAGUAGGUUACGAGCUGACAAAGAGGGGAUGAGUGAUAAAAUGGGAGGAGGAGCGACAGUCGGUGGUCCAGGGGAAACUUAUUUAGAAAUCAAGAGGCGUUUGCUGCAAGACAAAGAAAGGAAACUGAAGAAUGAAAUAAAGAAGCUGAAAUCUCAAAGAGACCUGCUACGUAGCAAGAGGAAAGACCUGAAUAUUCCUACAAUUGCAGUUGUCGGUUACACAAAUGCAGGAAAAACGUCUUUAAUUAAAGCUCUCACAAAAGAAGAUAAAUUAAGACCUAGGAAUGUGUUAUUUGCCACUCUAGACGUAACAGUGCACACUGGACAUUUGCCCUCAGGUUUAAAAGUGUUAUUUGUUGACACUGUUGGCUUCUUGUCUGAUAUUCCAACAGGUCUGAUUCAGUCAUUUGUUGCUACAUUGGAAGAUGCUGUUCAGUCAGAUGCCAUCAUACACGUUGUAGAUGCUAACCAUCCUGAUUCUAAAGCUCAAAGUGAACAUGUCUUAGAAACUUUAAAAGGUAUCAAUUUGCCAGAUAAUCUGUUAGAGAACAUGAUAACAGUUGCAAAUAAGAUAGAUCUUGUUUCUGAUUUUUGUAUAGAUGUAGGUAACGACGCUUUAUCCGUCUCGGCAACAGAAGGAACAGGAUUGGAUAUUUUGAAGCGAAAGGUAGAAGAGAAGAUUAUAAAAGCCACUGGGCAAAUUUUCAUUAAGAUACGAGUUUCAAAUGGUGGUGAAGAACACACGUGGCUACAAAGGGAAGCUACUGUAGUCAAUGUUGCAGCAGAUGAAAACAAUUACCAAUUUGUAUUUUUAAAUACACUUAUCACUGAGCCAAAGUUAAAUAUAUUCAAGCACAGGUUUAUAUCAUCAAGAGCUAAGAAGGGUAAAAGCUGAUAAGACAAUUUACAAUUUUCUGCUACAGUAGAGUCUUGAUUAUCCGACCUUGCCUUCGGACGGCGGAGUACAUUUAAAUUGUGUGUUUUCUCCCUAUAGCCCCUGUCACACGGAGCAUGUUUUGGAAAACCGGCAUCUUGUGACUGAUCCUCCAGCACUCAGCAGCUAGAAACACUUGCAUGAGCUGGUACCUCUAGCUGCUGGAGGCUUUUAACAGUUUACUAUUCCAAGUGCUUUAAGAGUCACUAGCAAGUCUUGUGACCACCCAGCUGUGGUCUCUAGCGCCAUUUUAGCUCUGUCUGACUAAAGCCAACAGUAAUGAGCUAGUUCUUGCAAUAAAUGAAAAGUAUUGAAGUAUUAAUAAGAACAAAUUUAAAGUGAUUUAAUAAUUUUAAUUAUUCAAAAACAAAUUUAUAACUUCAUGUUUAGAAAAUUUAUUUUUAUAUAGGCCUAUUGUAUUAAAUUUAUUGUUGUAACGAUUGCUACAUCCCACCUAUAUAAAAUAAAUUAAUGUUUUUUGUGUAAGUAAAAGAUAAAACUUUUUUUUAUAGACCUACUACAACUUAUUUGUUUUUAAUUUUUUUACUUACAAGCCCAUACAUACAUAAUAUUUAUGAUUAGUGUUUAUAUUUUAACAUUUUGCUUUUGCCUUGCACUCUUUUAACUUCUAUUAUGGUUGAUCAGAGAGAAAACCUCACAUCUAAUACCAACAGACGACAUUAUUUUUGUUUUAACUACACACACAGUGUGUUAGCAGCACUAGACUUAUAAUUUGUAGCGCUUGUUUCCCAGCUCCGUCUGACAGGACUUCUAGAACGCUGGAGAACCAGCAACUAGAGCUGCUGGAUCUCCCAGUGAGAACUAGCUGCUGAAAAAAGUCCCGUAUGACAGAGGCUUUAGACAUGAUUGUAAAUCAUAGCUGUUACAUAAAAAAACUCGCUCCUGUCUGUAAUUGAAAGAUAAGAUACAUUAUAGCCUUUAUGCAUCUACACUUGCCUGUACUUUCUGAUUGUUUCCUUCUUGCUUACCUCUGCUCUCCCUAGUAGUCAAAUCUAGUAUACUUUUCACUUUGUCACUUUUUAUAGGAUUCCUAAGGUUUCAGUGGCAAACAAACACCUUGAAUCAUUCGUUUUAUAACAGAAAAUAUAUUAUUUGAUUUUAUAACACAUUAAUGAUUUUGAAUGAUUCUGUAUUUCAAAACAUUACUUUGUAUAUACCUUGCUGCAGGCGAUUUAGGUCGACUAAUCUAUAGUCUACUGUAAUAAGUAUUUCCCUAAAUAACUUAGUGAAUAUGUUGUUUUGAUUGAUAUUUGUAUGUGUUCAGAAUAAAAUUGUAUUUGUUUUGUUCUCUUAGUGAA